CGCUCGGCUGCUGGGGAGGCCUGGCUGCGCUGCGCUGCCGAUUUCUCCAGCUAUUGAGCUUUUCCAGCUGCGGCAUCGACAUCACAUCGGUAUCCGCCCAACGAGGCCAAAAACACACAUUCUUGCGCCAGAUCGCGGACUGCUGUGUGACGGCGACAGUACCAUCAUCGCCCCCGAGCCCACGCCCAGUCCAUGCGGCAAUUGACCACCUCGCCCGUCGCCCCGUCGGACCGGCACCUCCCUCGUGCUAUGCCAUAGGUCGCCUGCCCCAACCGUCGUUUGUGACUCUCACCUGUCCGUCUGCGCCGCCGAGCCCUCCGUCGCCAUGGAGGACCUGUCACGAUCCGAGUACCCGGCCAUGCUGGCACAUCUACAGCCGUCGCAAGCAACCCAAGCCCUGGUCGAUCGAGUAAAACGAAUCAACAAGAUCAACAACGAGGUCGCUGACUGGCUCCAGGAACGCCACAGAGUCGAGGAACAAUAUGUUGCCGGUCUACGCAAGCUCAUGACCUUCAAGGUGCCUAACGGCGCAUCGGAGCUCGGAGUCUUCCAGGUGCCAUGGGACAAGGUCAUCCAGUCGGUCGAGGCGAUAGCAUCCUCUCACCAGAUGUACGCGAUGCGCGUCGCAAAGGACGUCGAGCAGCCGCUGCGCAGCUUCCAUACCCGGAAGGAGGUGGCGGGCAUGCAGACAUUCGUCUCCAACCUGCAGGGCAUGGCCAAGGAGCUCGACGACGCCCAGCACGCCGCCGACAAGCAGAACAAGAAGGCCGGCAAGGUCAGCGCCCAGAAGCUCGACGCCGCCAACUCGAGACUCGAGAACGCGUCCCAGCAGUGGGAGGCACAGGCCCCCUUCAUCUUUGAGUCUCUACAGGCCCUUGACGAGCAGCGCACAAACCACCUACGCGAUGUCUUGACCCAGUUGCAGACCCACGAAGUCGACCAAGCCAGCCGCACCCAGGCCUCGGCCGAGGAGGCCCUCAACCUGACACUGGAGAUCAGCACUGCCACAGAGAUAGAGAGCUUUGCCCAACGAACGACGAGCGGAAAGCCAAAACUCGAGAAGCGGGCCGCGACCCCGGCUAGGCUGUCGAGCUCCGCCGCUGGCUCCAUGAUUAGGCCCCAGAGCAGCGCCGGUUUUGGCCACGAGGACAAUACGCCUAGCGAGCACUCGGGAGAUAGAAUCGAGACGGUGCACACAGAGUCCAAACUGCGCAGUCGUAUUGGUACCAUGCUUGGUCGCCGUCGCCAGAGUAUACACGGCGGGUUUGGCCAGCUGUCACCGCAAAAGAACUCGGGGCCCUUCAGCCGUGGUCUUAGCAGUAGCCAUGGCCAGAGGCUGUCGCCGGGUGCCUCGAUGUACAACCUGUCCGAUACCAACCGUCUAUCCUCGCUUGUCGAGUCGCCGAAUUCCCCGACUGUCCCAGAUGUCCCACCUUUGCCCGAGGUCAAGGCAAACGGCGUGACUCCGACAGGCUCCUCCGAAAAGCCGGCAGAAGAGGGCGCAGCUGCCACCGAAAACAAGCCCGCCACUCUUACAAAUGGCGAGGUAGACGACAUAUUCGGUGCCGCCCCAGGGCAGCCUAGCGGCCAGACGGCGGGUAAUGAGGGCGUGGCACAGGGGAGCAAGGAUUCAGAAGGGUACACCGUCCCGGCCGCUAUGAACGAUCCUAUCUCGCAAGCACAAAAGGAGGCUGCGGCAAGCAGCGACGAGCCGGACCAGUUCUUCACACUCAAGAUCCAGAACGAGCCUGUGGCGGAGGAGGAUGCAGACGCCCAGAAGGCGGCCAUCUCCAGCGUCACCAACACGCUCUCGGCCUCGAUGCCUUCACGUAGGGGUGGUACCGUCCGCGGGCGGAGAGAUGUGCGCAACACCAUAUACAUGCCCAUGCCGACGCAGGCGCCGCUCGAGCCUAUCCAGAGCCCCACCGAGAACACGAUUCCGCCUCCGCCAGCCGUUCCUGCCCACAUCCCCAACAAGCCGUCGACGUCGGCCACUCUGAUGACCGAGGCCAGCAUCGCCGCCACAUCUGACACGCAGUCAGUCCGCUCUGCAACUUCCCUAGGAAGUCUCGCCCAUACCAAGCACCCGGAUAUGACGGCGCAGGGCCUCAACUCCUCCAUCAUUGAGACAGUAUCGGCCUCUUUCGAGGACGGCGAAAUCAAGUCUGUCAAGAUUAAUGGAGAGAUUGCCGUGUCUUAUAACAACUCUUCCGACUUUGCUUCACGGCAUAUUGAAACCGUCCGUAUAAAUAACUUCCCCCUCCUCGACGUCAUCGGGCCCAACCGCAUUUUUGUUUCCAACACGGGCCACGCCGACGAGUUCACGCUCGAUACCUCGCACCUCGCCAAAACCUCUACGGCUUUCACAUACCGACUGCACAGCGAAGCGGACAACGAUACUGCUCUCGCCUCUCUGUGCCCCCUAAUCCUCAAGCCCGUAUGGAAGCCGACUGCUAAUAAGAAGCUCGGCCUCCUCCUGCAAUACCGCCUGAACCCGGCUACGCUUCCCGCCUCGGCAGAGGAGACGGACGUUGCGCCGCUGCCUCUCACUCUUCAUAACCUCGUUUUUGUCGUCACCUACGAGGGUAAGGCUUCGGCUGCCCAGACGAAGCCCGCCGGCACCCACCUGCGGGACAAGCACCUGGUGUACUGGCGGCUUGGCGACGUGACCCUCCCGGCGCCCGCGAGCGGCAGCGACGGCGAGUGGUCCAAGAUCGUCUGCCGCAUCGUCGGCGCCGAGGGCGCAGAGGUGCAGCCCGGCCACAUCGAGGCGCGCUGGGAGUACACGCCCCAGCAGGGCGGUAGCGCGCGCGUCUCCAUCUCGCGGCUGCUCGAGGACAAGGGCAAGGGCAAGGCCGUCGAGGAGGCCGAGGUCGAGGCGGACCCCUUCUCGGAUGACAACCCCGUCAGCCCCCGCGUCGAGGAGAGGCGCUGGGAGGCCGUGCCGCUAGUCAGCAAGAUUGUCAGCGGGCGGUACGAGGCCAAGUGAGCAAGGGGAGGGAGUUGGAGUUUGUGGUGGUGGUGGUGGUGCUCCAAGGGGAGGGAGGGAGCCCGAGGUGGUCUGAUUGCUCAAUAAGGAGCCGCUCGCCGCAUGGCCUUUUUUGGUAACCCCGAAAGCUUUGAGAUGAUACGUAUUUUGCGACAUACCCUGUCUGUAUUUGGUUACAACCCCCGUCAUUGCUUCGUUUAUACUUUUUCUUUUGUUGCCAUCCAUCCUUGUCGUUUCUCCUGCCUCUGAUUCUCUUCUGGACCUCGUCGUUCAGCCACGUCGCAUGUCUUUUUUUUCUUUAUGACCCUGGCAGACACUUUUUUGCUCGUGUCGGGUUUGUGCUAUACCCGGGGAGCAGAGAUGCGAAAAGCGAGAGGGGUAGUAGCAGCGCUAGAGCGGUUUGAUGACUUUUUUUUUUUUUGUUUUCUUUUGUUGUCUUUUCUUCUUCUGCGCUUUUGUAAGUAGGUAUGUAGGUGGUGGGCGCGUGUAUGUGCUGUGUGCCGAACAUAAGACGGGUUGAGACCGACUUGCUUCAUUGUAGCAUUUCAACCGGGAGGGUCUUUGCCUUUUUGGCUUUGCCGUCCUUUCCUUAAUGUCUAGUCGGUAUAUAGCAUAUUACAUCUUUGGGCUUGACCCGCGAAGAGACAUGGCAACGGGCCUGACAUCGUGGUAAAAUUACUGUAGAGCGCCGGUCCCCUCUACCUGUUUUGCUAUUCGCGUACCAAGUUUGUAGCGAUGCGCAGAGGAACAACGCAGGUUUGACGACAAAAAAGCAUGUUUCCAUAAAGAAACUGUCUGGACUAGAGACAAAAAAAACAAGAUUCUAGCAGAA